AAAUUCUGAAAGCAAUUUUUGUACCGGUUUGGAAAUGUACUUGUUGGAAAGCAAGGCUGGUGCCAUAGUUUGCAUGCUUUUGGCCCUUUUCUUCUUGGGGACAUGGCCUGCUAUCUUGACUUUGUUAGAGAGGCGAGGGCGUCUUCCUCAGCAUACUUAUCUUGAUUACUCGCUCACCAAUUUCUUUGCUGCUCUUUUCAUUGCAUUCACAGUUGGUGAGAUAGGCAAGAGCACACCAAGUGAGCCAAAUUUUUUAGCUCAACUUGCUCAGGAUAAUUGGCCCUCUGUUCUGUUUGCAAUGGGGGGUGGUGUGGUCCUAAGCCUUGGGAAUCUGGCCUCGCAAUAUGCUUUUGCUUUUGUUGGGUUGUCAGUUACUGAAGUCAUCACUGCAAGCAUAACUGUUGUUAUAGGCACAAGCUUGAAUUACUUUUUGGAUGAAAAAAUCAAUAGAGCUGAGAUUCUUUUUCCUGGAGUUGGUUGCUUUCUGAUUGCAGUUUGUCUAGGUUUUGCUGUUUAUUCUUCAAAUACUGCUGAUAAUAAAGUCAAGCUCAGCAAUUUAUCAAGUGAUUAUAACGCUGGAUCAGUGGACUCUUUCACAGAGGGAGUAAAACCAAUGGAUCUUGAAAGCGGCGGUGACGAAAAAAUUAAAGCAGGAAGUGCUGUUUUUCUUUUAGAUCUUGAGAAAAGAAGAGCUAUUAAGGUGUUUGGGAAGAACGCUUUCAUUGGAUUGGCUAUAACUUUUUUUGCCGGAAUAUGCUUCUCUUUGUUCUCACCAGCAUUCAACUUAGCAACAAAUGAUCAGUGGCAUACACUAAAGGAAGGGGUUCCCCAUUUGACUGUUUAUACUGCCUUCUUCUAUUUCUCAGUCUCAUGUUUUGUUAUUGCGAUUAUUCUCAAUUUCAUCUUCCUUUACCACCCUGUCUUAAACUUGCCCAAGUCAUCAUUGACGGCGUAUUUGAGAGACUGGGAUGGCAGAGGUUGGGCCUUGUUGGCUGGUCUCCUUUGUGGAUUUGGUAAUGGUCUCCAAUUUAUGGGAGGCCAAGCAGCAGGAUAUGCGGCAGCAGAUGCUGUUCAGGCGCUUCCAUUAGUAAGCACCUUUUGGGGCAUUGUUCUAUUCGGGGAAUAUCGGAAAUCAUCGCGGCGAACAUACAUGCUGCUCGGAAGCAUGUUGUUCAUGUUCAUUGUGGCUGUUGCUGUCCUAAUGGCUUCAUCAGGGUGUAGGAAAUACCAAUGAUCAUUUUCUAGACAAUGUAUUCAUAUUAGUAAAUAAGAGAUUUAGUAUUCUUAUUGUUCAUUGGUGUCAACUAGACAAAGCAAACUACUACAAAAAGGGGGAUAGAAAAGCAGAAAUUCAGUAGGUUGAAAUGAUUUCUUAUUUCCAUGUAUAUUUUGAACUUUCAAGCUGUAUAUGUUGCACAUUAUUUAUCCAAUGUUUCUGUAUACCUCUGUUUUCUUCA